UCAUUGUCCGAGAUUGACAAUGCGGUUUUCGAAACGAGUUCGUUGAAUGUCCCAAAUCUGGUCAUAUAAAAAUCUAUAGCUCGUGCACUGCGCGUGGCAGUUGGAGGGCCUCUACCCCACGAUGAAGCUGAUCAUGAUAUUGGCACUGAUAUUAGCCCUGAUGGCUUUGGUGACUGCCCAGGAAUGCAACCUGCCGUGCAACAGACGCAUCGAGUACCUCUGCGGCAGAACGGUGCGAAAUGGGAGUGAAAUCGAGUGCACCUUCAGGAAUCCUUGCGCCAUGGAUAGGCAUGGCUGUGAGAAGCGAGAAGUUUGGAGGAAGACGUCGACAGGUCGGUGCACGAGAGACUCGGAUGCAUGUGGUCGCUAGGGGGAAAUACCAGCUGGUAGCAGGAGAAGGUCAGCAGCAUAAGGGCACCGACAGAUGAGCGCAAUAACAGAUAUGAAUAUUUUUAUAAAAUUGUACAAAUAUUGACACAAUUGACAGAUGAAAUAUAUAAAACCAUUUUCUGGCAGUACAGAAACUGUUUCGUCUCGACCUUCACAUUUCCAAAAUUACAGACAGAGUAAAAGGUCUACAGUUAAAAUGCCAAAAAUUGCCUUUGGCAACAAAAUUCUCGUCAUUUGUGCAUUUCUGGCCGGGAUCGGCGUGGGCCCACUGUUUGCCUUGACAG